AUGGAUCACCAAGUAAUGUUGCAUCAGGUAGCAACAAUACCAAGUCUUCCAACGGUACCAACAACCGUUUUCAGAAGAACAAGAAGUAAACUUACCAGUAGGUGGACGUCUGUUCCACCACAAACAAGUUUGGAAAGAAUUGGGUCUUCCAAACUUUUGUCAAGAAGUCGUAAAUGGAUUAAAAGUCCAUCUGCUUCCAAACUUCAAGCUGAUGCCAAACCCAAUUCCCAUUUCAAAUCCGGAGGGUCCGAAAUCAGAUUAA